AUGAAGCGUUCUGCUUCACCCACAGCGAGGCACUUCUCGUUGUUGCUGCUGCUGACGCUCAUCAAUGAAGCAAUGACCUUCAAGGUCACAUCAGACCCAAGUUUGAUCCAGUCCAACGAAUCUUCUACAGCCGAAGAUAAGGCUUCCGAGAUCAUUUCCGCCGUCGAUCACUGUUUAGCGCAGCGAAUGGUGGAUGCAGAGACGGACGACUGGAAGCUGGAGCGACUCAACAAGGUGCGCACAGCAGAAGUCGUGAUGCGGCUGAUCCGGGCCAAGAUAAGCCUCAAAGAGUUCGGCACCCAAUGGAAUGACGACGAGGCCGUCGUGGAGGCUGUGAAGAUGGCGGGUCGACAAGCUGCAGAGGAGAUCGCGCACCGAGAGUUUGAAGCGUCGAUCCGCGAGACCUUGUCGGGCUCCCAUUUGAACCAGGAAGCCGUGGAGGAAUUUGCGAAAAAGAUGAAGAUGAUGGCCGAGAUGUGUGGUAAGGGCGAAGAAGCGGCAGCGCUUGUGAAGGAGGAGCUUGCAAUAUUGAAGAGCGACAGCGAGGUAUCCACGAUGGAAUCCACGAUGGGGCAUGAAUUGGCGACCUACGUCGACGAGCUUUGCCAGGUUCAGGUCAUGGAUGUGGACUUCUUUGUCGGAAAGUUUGGACACGUCACUGAUUGCAACGAGUUGAUCGGCGUGUCCCUGGCGUCCAAAAUGCAUAAGGAAACACAAAGGCUGGACUACUUCGCGAAGACCAGCCUUGUCUUGCAUGACGAGGAGAAUGGCGUGGGGCACCACUUUGUCAAGCUUCUCAAGGGUCAGACCAGCGACUCCACCAAUGUCGCAACCUUCAAAGCGCUUCUGCAUAAUGUCACGCAGAAGAGUGCCGAGCACCUGCCAACAAUGAGUCGCUUGCGAUUGAUCGAUCUCAAGCACUACGAGCAUGUGCACGGCUUCACGGUGGAGAAGUAUUGCAACGGGACCUUUACUGCUGCGGCAGAUUGGGUCAAGGAGAGCACGGCGAUCCAAAACUACGUCGACUGCCUCUGCACGCGUCAGCAGCCUUCCUUGCUAUGUGAUGCCCAGCACAUGGAAGAGCUGGAGACGCUGAGGCCAAGCAUCAUGUCUCGACUCCGCAGGGCCAAGAGGUCAUUGUCGAGCGCGGCAUUGCUGGAAGUCGCCGAGAGUUUCAAGUCCAAGGGAAUCGGUCUCGGGCCGUGCACCGGUGGUGCAUUUGAGUGCAGCUUCUGUGUCAGCGGGCAGUGCGUCGGGGGUGGUGGUCUUGCCUUUGAUCACCUUGGGGCACUGACAACGCUCAUCAAGGGGCCGCAAAGUUGCGUGACGGGCGAGUGCUCCGUAUGCUUCGGAGUGAAACCUGGCGAUGCUCUGUCGUUCAUCUUAAGCUUUGGGGUGUCCGUUGCGGCCUGCAACGGUGCAGCGGCAUUCUUCACAAGCUUUCACAUUUGGGCCUCCGUCACCUUGUGCAUUGGAGGCGUGCUCGGGAAGAUUGCUGAUGCAAUCGGCUGGAGCGCGUGUGCCGGAAUAGCGAAAGUGGCCUAUUACCCCUUCAUCAACAAGAUGACGAUCACCAUAAGCCUGCCGAUCUUCAUUCCACCUCCUUUGGGCGUCGCGGCACCAUUAGAGGUGAACCUGAAUCUCGGGGACCUCACCCCAGCUGUCUACAGCCACUGCGGAAAGCAGGGCCACGGGGAGUACAACUGCCUCCAGAGUAUGUUUAAUGCCCGGGGGCCGACCGGUGUGGCCGUUGGGGUGGACAUCCUUUUGGGCGUAAAAAUCCCGGUGCUAGGCACAGUUGGAAAGUGGGUUCGAAUCCUUGGCUUCGAAAUGGCAGAGAAGGACAACUCUCGUGAGCUGGCCAUGAACAAGGCCGGGGUCACCAUCGAGUACAUUGGGAAGAACCCUGGUGGUGGAGAGUACUGUGGCAAGACCUUCUCCAACGUGAACUGCUGGAAGAAGGCUGGGAACAAAGGGUACCGAGCCAAUGCACACGACCAGCAUGGAGAUCGCUUCCGCGUCUACCGGAAUCCCAAUGAUCCGAACGACCCCAGAGCUUUGUGCGUGAGGCGCGUUGAUAAGUGGAACGGCGGAUGGGGCAUGGAGUUGGAGUUGGCGUGCAAAGUGAACAACAAUGAUGGGGGAGGCGGUGGGAUUUUGGUCCUACUGGGUAUGACCCACCAUGACAAGAAGUGCGUCUUGCCGCCUGAGCCAGUUCAUUGCCCGUGGUGGGCAGGCAACAAGGGCCACCGCCUUGGUUUUGACGGACACGAUGCCGGCUUCAAGAUCACCGAGGAGGGUGGCCGUAUUUGUGGACACUUGGAGCACCGCCGGCGUCGGCGCCGCCGCCACCGACGACGCCGCCGCAACUCCAACGGAUGGGACAUGAACCUUGUCCUCGAAUGUGACUCCAAGGGCCACGAUGUUAAUUACGUUGUUCAAGACAUCAACUUCGGCAAGUCCCAUACCAAUAUGAAAUGCGUUUUGCCCACUCACCGUGUGGAGUGCGAGUGGGAUGCGGGCAAUCAUCACAAACGCGCAAACGAUCACAAAAGCGGCGACACCUUCCACAUCUGGAAUUCUCACACCAACCACCUGUGCGUGAAACGGACGGAUAAAGGGGACGGCUGGGGCAUGGACUUGCGGGUUCAGUGCAAGCAAUAUGAAAAGCUCUGGGGCAAGACCAAGGUGGUGAUCGGCAGCAGUCACUACAACGAGAAGUGCGUUCACCAGCCUGAGAAAGGCCUUCGCUGCGCCGAUGUAGCAGGCAACAGGGAGUACCGGAGCAUGAACACGGACAAGGGUGAUGCCUUCUACAUUGAGCAGCGGGACGGGCAUGUGUGCGCAAGGCGUACGGAUGGUGGCAGGCGCCGGCGUCAUCGCCGCAGAAGGAGGUGGACUGAAGGCUGGGGCGUGAACUUGGAGAUCGACUGCAAGGUCCUGCAGGGGCCUUGGGACAUAGUUCCCAUUGGUGGUUGUUGGACACCCUCCCACUACAGGUGCUUCCUGCCAGAGCACCGGGUGGUUUGCGACCCAGAGGCGCACGGAUGGAUACCACGGUUGGACCGGCAAUCUGCAGUUGGAAUGCCAGCAGAAGGAAAAGCGCUGGACAAGGGUGCAGAUCAAUUUUGGGACCAGCUGGAACAACGAGAAGUGCAUUGA